CAGCGCGACUAGAGCGCCGCGCUGGCAGGAACCGCGGGAUCCCGCCCGCCACCGCCCGCAGGCCGCAGCAAGAAAGUUCUAGGGGAACACGUCGGAAUCAGUAAUCAGACGCGCGAGAGAGGAGGACCAAACUAGAAUCCUCUACAGCUCUACUCCCCCGCUAUCUGCUUCUCCCCAUUCGUCUCGUCUCGGGGCUCCCGCCGGCGGGCGGCUCGGCCGAUCGAUGGGGACGGGGACUAAUGACCUGAGCAACAGCGCCGCGGCCGCGGCCGCGGCCGCGGGGGAGAAGGCGGAGGACGGGACCACGGUGUUCCGGGGCACGGCGUACUCGCCGCUGCGCACCACGGCGGCGCUUGCGAUGUGGCUAGGGUCCAUCCACCUCAACGCCUUCCUCGUCCUCGCCUCCCUCUUCCUCUUCCCCCGCCGCGUCGCCGUCCUGGUCCUGGCCACGCAGCUCUUCUUCAUGUUCGUGCCUGUCAACGAUAAUGACAGAUUGGGCCGCAGGAUCGCCGGGUUCAUAAGCAAGUACGUGAUUGGGUAUUUUCCCGUCACUUUGCAUGUGGAGGACUACGGCGCCUUUGAUCCUAGCAGAGCUUACGUGUUCGGUUAUGAACCUCAUUCUGUUUUGCCCAUCGCUGUCGGGAUUCUCGGGGACCUUGUUGGAUUCAUUCCACUACCAAAGAUGAAGGUCCUUGCAAGCACUGCGGUAUUCUAUACCCCGUUCUUGAGGCAAAUAUGGACGUGGUUGGGAUUGGUUCCUGCGUCACGAAAGAAUUUCUACUCCUACCUUGGAGCUGGUUAUAGUUGUAUCAUAGUGCCAGGCGGUGUACAAGAAAUACUUCACAUGGGUCAUGAUUCAGAGGUUGCUUUUCUUAAAUCAAGAAAAGGUUUUGUUAAGAUAGCUAUCGAGACGGGUAGUCCUUUAGUGCCCGUUUUCGCCUUCGGACAGAGCUACGUGUAUAAGUGGUGGAGGCCGGGUGGAAAGUUAAUUGUCAAGAUUGCUAGAGCAAUAAAAUUUUCCCCAAUCAUCUUCUGGGGAAAAUUUGGGACUCCCAUCCCUUUUGCGACACCAAUUCAUGUGGUUGUUGGAAGGCCAAUUGAGGUUGUGAAAAACCCUCAACCUACCGCUGAUGAGAUAAAUGAAGUCCACAAACAAUUCAUCGUUGCACUGCAAGAGCUGUUUGAGAAAUACAAGGGCAAAGCAGGAUAUCCCCAUCUCCCUUUAAGAGUUCUAUGAUGGCAUGUUGUUCCAACAUAAGCUCUUACAAGCUGGGUUGAAGGAAAUAAAAUCGUCAAUAGCAUUCGAGCUAUAAUGUUUCAAGUGAAGAGCCAUCAUCAGAAUUCAGUAGCACCAAAUGUGUACCCUUACAACAGUUCAGCUAGGAUGAUUGAUAUGGUGGCCUGGUAGAACACUUUGGGUGUAGACUUAUGUGUUUGUUUAUUAAUAGAAAAAUUCAGUGGUAUUAGGAGCAUCAA